CCUUUAUUAAAAUUUCUUCCAAAAAGAUUCGACGUUGUUUUGGAGGCAAACUCAUCUAGGUGUGCAUCGGUUAUCUUCAUUGCUGGAACUAGUAUGAUUAUCCUUCACGAUGAGUUGUGGUUUAUCUAGUUUUGACAUUAUAUCCAAAUCCAUCCCUUUCACUUCGUCUUCGACGUUAUUCUCGCAAUGAUUUUGCAUGUUCAUUCUAGCACCUCUUGUCCGCCGUGUCCCACAGUUCCUCCGUUCUGUCUUCUUUUUCCACAGAGGUAAGAGCGCCACAAGCAAUGUGGUCGUCGUCGGAUGACGAAAGCUGGCCGGAUGUUAGCAUGACUCCCUUCGGGCAACUAGAUCAACCACAGCGAUUCGAAAUGCAACCCGCGAGCGCGCCUUGCGAAACGGAACGACUUCCGUGCCGAAAUUUUGUUUAAGGACGAUUUUCGCCACAGGGAUACAUACCAUUUAAUUUCUUUCACUUUUAGUUGCUCUGUAUCUAGUCCUGAGAUUAAGUAUUACGAAUAUUCAUAUUAUCAUUAGUAUUGAUUCAUUACCAUCAUGAUUGACUACCGAUACCGCCUUUUUUACCAUGAUGAGUCUACGUAUUUGGCUACUUACAAAAAACCUUAACCUGAAGAUUCUAUUUCUAAUCGCAAGAAAAUCACAGACACAGAUCCGCGCGUAAGCCGCACUGGGUUGCUCCAGGGGCAAAUAAGCCCAGUCGUUGCUACGAUGAGCAGCGUCCAUCUAAAGCCCGAAAGCAUGUCAGAAAUAUUGGAUGCUUGUUGGACAAAUGUGAGAGUUUUCCAUCGAAAAGACUGUGCCCACCUGUUCCACAGUUGAUAUCGUCGCAAAGGGCCGGCGAAGCUGCUGCAGGUAGCAAACCGACUAAUAUGGCGAGUCAUAUAUAACCAGUGUUUACCUAUAAUUAUAUAUAUAUAAGUAGUGCAUAAGACGACCCUAUGGUUUGUCAAGUAGAAGUGCAAGAGCAAGAACAGGCUUUGCUUAAGCCACUUUCGCAUUUCGUUGGUUAGACUCGUGUAGUGUCCGGUACACCUAUUCCACAGAGAGGUAGAUCAAUCUGCCACCCUCCUGACCCCUGUACCUCAUGACAAAAGUUUUUCCUUCAUUUUCUGUAGCAGUGCUGGCCGAAGUUCGUGCUUGUGUUGCCGGCUGUUGCUUCCGUGGUGCUACCGGAGCCAUGUGUUGGCCGAUAGCAGUAGCGACUUCGACUCGGACCUCGAUGAAAGUGACAGAAGUCCUAGAAGCGUCAGUAGCGUGUCCUCGCGUAGCGGGCUCCCUCAGACGUCGCACAGGCCCUUUUAUGACAGGACAGACCAGCAGCAACAGUUUAUUUUAGAAAUUCUAUUUCAGUGAAUGAGCUGGCCGUUGCAAGCAGGUAUUCUUCGCAAUAAAUUUUUGAUUGGACAAGCAGAACUUCAACAGUUGCACCAAGAAGAAACAGAUUUUUAAAUUACGAUCCAACAUCUGAUUUCUUUCAUUCCAUGCGAAGUGGAAGGGGGCGGUCACGACGACGCGGCGAGGACACAAGAACUGGUUUGUGGGAUACGGAGCUUGGAGGGAGCAAAGUCUCACGAACAUCGUUAGACAGAUUGUUUCUGUCCUCGGACGAUGAGGAGUCCACCUCGGCGCUGUUGUAUGAAAAGGACCGGGAUCAUAGAUUUUUACCCGAUGACGAUCGUGAGGAUGCUUUUUACGGUCAUCGCGCGAGCGACGUCCGGCGGAGCGAAAUACAGCGUGGUGUUGGGCGAAACAAAGGUGGGCGAGGGAGUAAGAAACACUCGGGGACGGGAAACCGUCAACGAACCCUCUGCUGUCUCGUGCUUUUUUUAUGGCCUCUGAGUGGAAAUGGAAAUUCAUCUGCCCUACAUCUCCUAGACCUACAGUGGGGGUUCAAAGAGGUGAAAGCCUGCGAGAAAGAACCUGCUCUAAUAACUCCCGUUUUCGUUAUCCUGAUUAUCGUUGCUGGCUGCGCCUGGAUCAAAGCACAACGUAGGCCAGUAGAGACGCCAGCAAGAAGGCGAGCGAGGAUACGUUAUAACUUUCUCGAGACCGCAUCUGAGGAAAAACAAGUCAUGUGGCAUGAUGAGGUACCAAUCACAGAUUAUGAUGUAAGCAGAAAAAUGUGUAAUCCGAACUGCAAGAAGGCACGGACUAGAGGAAGUUAUAAAAGCUCCUGCUACAAACACAGAAAAACAACCUGUACUUCCAGGUAGAAGUAAAUGACGCGAACUGGCUUACCAAAUUACUUGCGGAGGACGCAUUUCCAAGACCCCGCACGCCCGAUCAGAUCGUCGCUUUUCUGUUAAGAUAACUACACGAUGUAUCUACUUGUGCCGUUUAUUAGUUCAAUCGCCGCUGGGGGUUCUUGGAGUUGUUGUCACAAGAUAGAAAAAAUAUAGCAAAAGAGAUCAUCUUCGAAAUAUAUUACAGCUCAAAUUUUCGAAGUGAAAGACGAGGAGCCGACCGACCCCCUGGCACCGGAGAGAGGGCACGAUAUUCGUGCCCAGCAGGAACAAGCAUCAGCAGGGGCACGUGGUGUUGCUAAGGCGUCAGUAGCAAACUCUGUGCUAAAUUAAGUACGUGUUGGCAUAAGCGUCAAAAAAGCAGAACUUUUUUUAGCACAGAAAUAGAAACAGAGACUUCUACAGCGUUAUUUCAUAAGUCGUGAAGCAGUAGCGUCAACACCGCCGGCUUCUCUAAUUCUCGACAGUUUUUGCCCUUUUUAGCAAAAACUCCACCAAAGCCACCAGCUCGAAUGCCGAGUCGUGGUCUUCUUGGACCUCUCGACAAAACCCAACCCUUACAGCGACAGAUACAAGAUCUGCUCUCCGCUGGACUCGAAGACGAUGGAGGCACUGGUACUUCCAUGAGUUUCGACCUUCUUCUGUAUCUGGUGCUGCGACAUUCCGCAUUCAUCGUUAAAAAUCUAUCACGUUUUAUAGCACUAAGGAAGCUAGAUCGAGAUUCAUUUUUCUCACGAACAAUGUUGUCGUUGUCCCUGUUUUUAUAGCAAAAAGAAAAAUAAGUCAAAUACUUACUCAUCUUGUGCAACUCAUCUCUCAUCAGUGGAUCUUUCGUUUUUACUUGCGAUGCCCGAAUUGCGGCUUUCUCUUUGGGAUACGACGAUCCUUUAUGAUGAACUAACUUUUUGUUUUUGUCCACGAACUACACAAGUACGCCCCUAUUUGUAUUUCUUUGGUACUCGGAGUCUUGGUCUUCGUAAGUUGUAGUACAUGAACUUCACAUAUCAUAAUUCACUCAUUGAAAAGUUAACUUCAUCUUAAAUUCUAACCGUGGAUGUUUUUUUGCUUAAUACCUGCUGCAUCUAACAGCUCGAAGUUUUAAGUGUUGAUUUCGUCAGCAGACGCGAAACCGACCCCAAGCCAAAUGCGGGCCUGUCUGACCGGUUAGCGCAAAGACCACACGCAAACUGCGCCGCCGAGCUCUAUUUCAAGUCUGGGAGGAACCUAUUGGUUAACGAUGGUAUUCUGACAUACAUAAAUGAGGCCUAUGCUUAUUGAUUAAUGACUCGUCUUAUUUUGGCAUUAAGUUGACACCUCUUUCUCUUCCAACACUGUUCGCUUCAGUCUUAUCGACAUGUUGUAGAUCUAUUGUAGGCACUGUAUACUUAUUUGACAUCGUAGGUGGUGGUGGAUCAGCCGCUCUGGGUUAAACUCCCUGAAUCUGCUCGUAUCACAUUACACUAUCAAGGUGCCGUGAUCGAUUUGUCUCCGGAAAUGUGGAGGCGUGUUGUUGACCAGGGGAUAUCAGACGCGCUAAAACCAAUGAUCGAGCGCCUCCGGCAGAUCGCAAAUGACAAAUCAAACAGCGUCCAUGUUCCGGGGCCGCGAUUUAGGCAGCGAGCAGGUCUUUUGAGUUACGGACGGCAGGAGGUUUCCUUGAUGUCAAGGAAGUAAUUGUAGUACUUCCUCGUCAAAGAUGAACCAAGUUAUAUAGGUCUUUCGUUUCGUUGAUCGGGCCAUAGUUGUAUUUCUAUUUCUCACAGGUACUCGUAAUUAAGUCGUUCUCAGGUGCUUCACUUAUCUUAAGUUUAACUAUUCCACGUCUUGCACACUUUUGGCAAGGAGCAGACGUUAGUUAGGUAACUAGCUUAGCUUGGUCAACCUGGCCACGGUAGCUAGUAGUUAAGCGUCCUCGUUUCCCACAAUACAGGAGAGUAACCUGUAUUGUUACAAUUAUUUUCUUCACCUUGAACUAAAAUCAACAGGAUGUUGCUGUUUGCUUACUCUCUCUAUUGCUUCGGGUCUGAGAGUUUUGAGGCCCUUGCUGUUUCUGUGUUGGUCAGUAGAAGGAUUCGUUUGUCGAGAUGAUUUCGUUGAGGGAGCUCGGCCUGUAUACUUGUCUGUCAAGUGGAUAACCCUCUGUUGAGACGUUGCUGUUGUUUUUCGGAAUUGACGUGGAUCUCUCUGUCACAUACUACUCGGUCAUUGUGAUUGUGUGUCGUGAAAGCUCGACGAGAGUUUAGCGACGAGGUAGGUCUGGAACGAGAGUCUCUACGAGAGAACAAUCGUGCUUUCGUCUUUAUACUUUGCUCUCUCUUUGCGUUGCGCGCUAUGGUUGUUCCGGGCCAUCCACUCAAGGUCAACUGUCUGUUCUUCCACUCAAGGUCAACAUCCUCUUCGUGCACAAGACGAUCUAGGUUUGCUUCACAACGUUCAUUACAUACAUUUUUCACUGCUGGAUCACACAAGAAUCGCAGAUGGACCAGUUCUAUUCUAAAAGUAGCAUAUUUAUUCCUCUAAUUCUCCUUUCCACAACAUCGUGAUCGCUCAGAGCCGAAUCAAAUCCGGAUUCUCGUUAAGGCAUUGAGAUAUACGCCUAAGCAAUAUCAUUGUUGCAACAACAAUACCGCAGGUACUUACUCGCAAAUGUACAGCCUCCACAAGAAUACUCAUCCUUGUUGCCCAUUGAUUAGCAAUUUCCAGCUCUAAUUUCUGCCAUUCCGCGGAAGAUCUGGCGCAACGGCUGAAGCAGAAAUUUCACCAGCUGUUCGGAUCUAAACAACUUGAGGUACUGAGUGACAUUAUACAUGUGCACAUUGAUUUAUGUCCAGAAUCCCAAGUGGUAAGAAGUACUUGGGUAUUUACAAUCAUACCUUUCAGAAGGGAGGAAAUCAGUCUCCAUCUCCUCGUCUUUUCCAGUUACUAGCACAGCCGGCUUUUGGGUAUUUGCACCAAGACCAGCGUGGGGUUCCAAACGCCGUAUUAUCAGUCGUAAACCAAGAACUAGCGAGAAUUUUAGCGCCAGUUGCCGCGCAAGUCCACCAGGUGCUUUCCCAACAUGCUGUUCCUGGGCACGUGAUACCCGGCGCUGCGCUGGGAGGCGGCCCGCCAGCGCCAGCUACUGUGCCACUGCAGGCACCUGGAAUGCCAGCGCUUGCACCCCCACCACCACCUAUGCCGCCACCGCCGCCACCAUCCUGAGAAUGCCGAACAGCGAAGUGCUUUAUAUUCUUGUCCAUCUAUCCUGCAGCCCAGAUUGAUCCUGUUGUAUAAUUCGGAAAACUACCUCGCGCUGAUCUAAAUAACGAUCGGUAAUGACUCUAAAAAACGAAACAAACAAAAACACGACUUAUUCCUCGACUACCGGCGAAAUGGGCUAGUAAGAUAUAAGAUAAGCCGACGGCUGCACCGAGAUUGGUUUCGGUAUCGCAGCUAUAACGCUAUCUAAAACUCACACGAAAAUUCAAGACACUGUAUGAUAAUCAUGCAAAACACAGUGGUCACGCAGAAUGAUACUCGUAAACGAUAUGCUUGUUUUCGACUUAUACAGAAGCAUGGUUUUUGUCUUGUCUCUCAUAGCUAAAAUAAAAAUAUCAAACAACGUGUACUUCGUCUUUAUUCAAACACGACGGACAGCGAAAGUUGAAAGUACUACUGCUCCAUAAUCAGCUCACAUUUGACUCUUUGUUGACGGCCUUGGUCUUCUACAAGAGUACACCGCAUACUUACAAUCUUGAUGCUUGUCCGUGCAUAUUCAUUCAUUCCAUAACGUCAGUAUCUGAAAGCACAAAAAUCUGAAGAUUGUUUUUGCGAUUAUGUUUCAGCAGCCGUAUUUGCUCGUCUCUUUUCAUUAUUCAUCCCCCAAGUUGAUUGACCUCGCGCGUGGUUAUUAUCGUUGUUUUUGCUUAUGAAUCUAGAGGGAUUUAACCUAAGCGGCCGUGAAAUGAAGAACAGUCUUUGUUUUUGAAUGACUUCUUUUUGACCCGCCCCUCUUGCCCUCCUAAACCCGACAUUAUCGAAUAAUCCGUAUGCUGUCCAUUUUGAAUGAUCCUCAUUAGGCGCCUCCGAGAUUGUGUGUCAGAUUGUGAUUUUCGUAUCAUGAAGAUAAACAGGACCCAAUAAUUGAAUUAGAUAACAACGAAUGACAGCGGUGAAUAUUACUAGCAUCUUCAACAAAAAAUCAUUUGUUCAUCUACAUUUAUUGUAAUGCGCAAUAACGCACUAACUAUGCAUGGUAUCCUUACUGUCAACUGCGUGGUAAAACGUGAACAAUGCUCAGCUAUUUAUUCCCCACAAACACAAAAGCAGAUAUUUCCAGCACUAUGUAUACAUAGUUGUGGUGUGUGAGGCGGUAGAAAUAAUUUAUUCUUUAUGUUGGAGAGGAUUGAUUCAUUCAGAGCCUCUCUGUUUGAUGCUUGUGAAAAACCCAAUGAAAAUGAUUUUGGCAUGCGAUGUGGUUGUCGACAACACACAGGACUGGAUGAAGAUGUUGAACAUCAAACCCAUCGUUCUGGUUUCCUGCCAGCGAAUGAAUUGCUAUGACAGGUUUUUCUAGUGCCUUCUCUAUAUGCAAACUCGCAGUGUACCGUAAAAAUCAUCGUCGAAUUCAACGCGUCGAUGCUGUGAUAAAAAUAACAACCUUCCGCCAUAAAGAGUUGUAACUGUAAGGAG